AUGGCCCUCUCCUCUCAACCAGCGGGGCACCCAAACUGGGGACGUUGGUCCCAACAAGUUGGCCAUGAGUAUGCGAUGAUUCCUGAUAACCAAAACAUGAUGGUUUACUCCUCGCGCCAACCUUCUCCUGAAUACGUCAACCGCCAGGUCAUGGUUCAGCAGUACAUGACGCCUUACACUUCCGCUCACGUUCCCGCCAUGACAGCAGCUCACUACUCGCCGACUACGACUACCUAUGCGCCCUUUACUAGCCCUCUCCACAUUGGCACGGCACCCGUCUCCUACUCCCACCGGUAUGACAGCCAUCCGGAGGGUAGGUCCAUCAUGUCCGACGAUAGCAACUCUCGGCUUUACCAUCGUGAGGAUGUGAAGCCUGCUUUCCACAGCGCCGCCAUGUCCCCUUCGCCCUCGCAAGACAGUAACUAUUCUGUCAAGAGGGAGCCAGCAAUUCCAGAACAGUCUCUCAACGCCAAGAUCAUCACCGCCAACGAAACAAUCAACCCGGACAACAGAGUCGACUUCCACACCGAAAUCGAUCAGCUCAUGAAGACUCUCCAGCACGAUGAGCCAGAAAGCGAAGCGCAAUCUCCCGCUCAAGUCCCUACACCUGCUCCAUCCCCCAAGUACGAGGAGUGUGACAAGCAAGCUACACCACCUUGCUCCAGCCCUCCCAGAGUCCAUAACGCGCGACCCAAGAAGUACACCUGCACCGGCCCCAACUGCAACAAGAGCUUUAGUCAGAAGACACACCUGGAAAUCCACCGUCGAACACACAGUGGAUUGCGACCAUAUGUCUGUGACUAUUCUGGAUGUGGUCUCACCUUCUCCCAGCUGGGCAACCUGAAGACCCAUAAGCGCCGCCACACCGGGGACAAGCCAUUCAAGUGCAGCAAAUGUGAUAAAACAUUCGCCCAGCGGGGUAAUGUUAAGUCUCACGAGGAGACGCACGAGGGCCUGAAGCCAUUUGUUUGUAUUCUGGACAACUGUGACAAGAAGUUCUCCCAGCUUGGCAACAUGAAGACCCAUCAGAACAACUUCCACAAGGAUGCCCUUCAGGACCUUACACAGAAGUUUGUAAAGUUUAACAUUGAGAACCACAUCCCUGAGGAGUACCGCACUCUCUACUCAUACUUCAAGGCCCAUUACAAGAACAGCAACAAGGGCAUCAAAGGCCGCGGAAAGGCCAGAAGGAUCGCUGGUGGCCGCGACAGCAAGCCACGAUCUGGCACCCGAGGCCGGAAGACCCAGACACCCUCGUACAAGCCGACCUCUCCCGUGUCUCAGCCUCAGUCUCCCGCAUCUGGGCCACUCUACCCAACCGCCAGUGGUCCCAUGCCAAUGAAUGACACCGUCACCCGACACCGCCUUCCCACAGGCUUUACCCCUCAUGUUUUCCCAAUGGAGAACCACACUCCCCACAUGAUGUACGAUGAUGCCCAGUCCCGCCAGAUCCACGGUCUCUACUAG